AUGGCCACGGUCCAGUUCAAGUGCACCAUCAAAAGCAAGCACGCGCAGAUUGAGAGGGAAUCCGUGCUGCUCAAGGGGUUCAGGACCAAAAUUCGCGAGAAGUAUCGUCUCCCGGGCGAAAUUACGAUCCAUCGUCCCGCAUGGAAUGGUACCACGCGCCAGUGGGGUCUCAGCCCAGUGAUCACCGAGAACGAGUUGAUCCUGAAAAGUGGCGAGACCAUAAUCGUCCUCUACGACGAGAGGGUCCAAGUCGCUCCUGGCGGUUAUGGCACGGGCGCAGACAUACGCUCGGGGAUCGGCACGGCGGCUCUUGCAGAGGGAGGCUACGGCACGGGCGGGAAAAUCGAUGGGUUCGGGAAUUUCAAAGGGGGCCAUGGAGUCGGUGGAGAUGUUCAGAUCCCUCUUUUCGCUAUUUACAACUACUCAAUCCUCGUUGCAGCCACAACACCGGGCUGCGUAGAAAUCGGCGUGAUUGCUUGUGUCUGUACCAUCCACCAGUUCGUCAUCAGUCAGUUCAGCUUCUGCAUGCUCGACAAGCGCAAAGACCUCCAGACCGUGGACCGCACCGUCUUGGUCAUCCUUGCACACAAGCUAUCUCGGUUCGGGAUGAAGGUGGGAGAGGAGAGCCAGGUGCGGACGGAAGAUGUGGUGGGCUGGGGCGACCGGGCGGACAAGGGGACAAAGCUGUCGGAGAAGGAUCCCCUUUCUAUGACAAAACACCUCACCACGAAGGCGGCGACUCUGCUGUUAGAGGUAAUGGUAUCAGAGAUAGUCAAGAUCAUCGGUUUUCUGGUCCUAAUUUCCGUGAACCGCGCGGAGGAACUGGCACCGGCGGGGCUGCGCAAGGCGGGCAUGGAGGCCAAGGAGGCAGCGGUGGCCAAGGUGGUGACGGAGGCUGGGGUGGGGACGGCGGUCGGGCAUCUGCUCGUGCUGAAGCAUAUGCUUCGCGAGAGCGUACACCUCGUCCAACAGUCACUGGGCCACAAGAUCCGCCAUCUCCUCCACCGCCUGUUCUCGGCCUGCCAGUACCUCCGCCGCUACCUUUUCCAGAAGUUCACGAUGUUUUGGGUCCUGAAUCUGGAAUACACAUCGGUCGCAUCGAAGGUGGCGCUGGUGGUGGAGGCCAGGCGUCGGGGGGGAAAGGAGGCCACGGCGGCAAGGGAGGCUCAGGUGGUCGAGGAGGGCAAGGUGGGAUAG